AUGGCCCAGCGGCCCGCUGGCUGCCACGGAGGCCCGCCGCUGCGCGCCGUCCUGGCGGGGCUGCUGCUGCCGCUGCUGCCGCUGCUGCAGGCGGGCCGGAGCUGCUCGACGCCCUGCUUCUGCUUCGCCACGCCGGACACCCUGCAGUGCCGCCUGGUCCGCCUGCUCGAGCCGCCCGCCGAGCUGCCCGCCGCCGUCCGCAACCUCUCCAUCGUGGGCGGCAACUUGACGGUGCUGCGCGCCGCCGCCUUCGCCGGCGGCUGGCGGGAGGUGGGGGAAGGCGGCGGGGCGGCGCGGCCGCUGGCCGACCUGACGCUGCUGGUGCUGACCCACGACGCCAUCGAGGCCCUGGAGGAGGCGGCCUUCGCCGGCCUGCCGGCCCUGGCCACCCUGGACCUGAGCCACAACCGCUUGCGCUCCGUGGCGCCGGGCGCCUUCGCCGGCUGCGCGCAAUUACGCACGCUGCGACUGAACCAGGCCGUGGAGGCGCGGGACGCGCGGGGGCUCGGGGAGCUGCUGGACGGCGCCCUGGCCAACCUCAGCCUGGCGCGCCUGGAGCUGGCCGGCAACCGCCUGCGGGAGCUGCCCCCCGCCGUGGCCCUCCCGCCGGCCCUGCGCCACCUGGACGUGCGCAACAACUCGCUGCAGGCGCUGGCGGCCGAGCAGCUCGACGGCCUGGCCGCCCUGGGCCGCCCGCGCCUCCACCUGGCCGCCAACCCGCUGCGCUGCGACUGCGCCUCGCUGCGCCCCUUGCUGGCCUGGCUGCGCAACGGCUCGGCCGCCGACCGGGGCCUCCUGCACUGCGCCUCGCCGCGGCCCCUCAAGGGCUGGCCGCUCUGGCGCCUCCGCGCCUCGCAGCUGGGCUGCGCCGACGACGACGACGACCUGGGCCUGCCGGGCGACGGCGCGCCGGGCCCCCCCGAGACGGCCUCCUACGUCUUCUUCGGCAUCGUCCUGGCCCUCAUCGGCGUGGUCUUCCUCACGGUCCUCUACCUCAACCGCAAGGGCAUCAAGCGCUGGCUCAACAACCUGCGGGACGCCUGCCGGGACCAGAUGGAGGGCUACCACUACCGCUAUGAGCAGGACUGCGACGCGCGGCGGGCCAGCCCCGGGGACCUCUGA